AUCUUUUUCUGGUUUGGAGGUUUCAUUUUGGGUCUGCUUAAUUUCUUCUUCCCUCGAUUCAUCAUUCACUUCCUUUGCAAGAGAAACAGAAAUGGCAGGGGCUUUAGUUGGAGGUGCGUUUCUCUCAGCUUCUCUCCAAGUUCUAUUUGACAGGUUGGCUUCUCGCGAGGUUGUGAGCUUCAUCCGGGGGCAGAAGCUCAGCGAUGCGCUCCUGAAGAAGUUGGAAAGGAAGUUGCUGGUCGUCCAUGCAGUGCUCAACGAUGCUGAGGUCAAACAGUUUACAAAUCCAUAUGUGAAGAAGUGGCUGGUCUUGCUUAAAGAGGUCGUGUAUGAUGCGGAGGACAUAUUGGAUGAGAUCGCCACAGAGGCUUUGCGACACAAGGUGGAAGCUGCGGAGUCGCAAACCAGCACAAGUCAGGUGGGUAACAUCAUGGACAUGUCAACCUGGGUUCUCGCUCCAUUUGAUGGUCAGGGCAUAGAGUCUAGGGUGGAGGAGAUCAUUGAUAGACUAGAAGAUAUGGCACGAGACAGAGACGUCCUCGGGUUGAAAGAAGGCGUUGGUGAGAAAUUGGCACAAAGGUGGCCUUCUACUUCUUUGGUAGAUGAAUCUCUUGUUUAUGGUAGGGCUCAAAUUAAGGAGGAGAUGGUUCAACUGUUGCAGUCUGAUAAUGCAAGGAGUACUGAUGCCAUGGGUGUGAUCUCCAUAGUCGGCAUGGGUGGCACAGGCAAAACCACACUUGCCCAGCUGCUCUACAAUGACCAAAGGGUGAAGAAACAAUUCGAUCUCCAGGCAUGGGUUUGUGUUUCCGAAGAAUUUGAUCCUAUCAGAGUUACGAAAACAAUUCUCGAGGCAAUCAAUUCAUCCACGUCCAAUACCACUGAUCUAAAUCUACUUCAGGUUCAACUGAAGGAGAGAAUUAAUAUGAAGAAAUUUCUACUUGUCCUGGAUGAUGUUUGGAACGAAGACUCUUGUGACUGGGAUGCGCUACGAACUCCACUCAUAGUCGGGGCAAAGGGAAGCAAGAUUAUUGUAACUACGCGAAGCACCAAUGUUGCAUCUGCCAUGCGUGCAGUCCAUACUCAUUGUUUAGGUGGGUUAUCCUUUGAAGAUGGUUGGUCCCUGUUCAAAAAACUUGCAUUUGAAAAUGGAGACUCAAGUGGGCAUCCACAACUAGAAGCAAUCGGAGAAAAGAUUGUCCACAAGUGCCAAGGUCUACCACUGGCUAUAAAAGCAAUGGGGAGUCUCCUACACUCCAAGGUUGAAGCAAGAGAAUGGGAUGAUGUAUUAAACAGUGAAUUAUGGGAUUUGCCCACAGAUGCGGUUCUUCCUGCUCUGAGGUUGAGUUAUUAUUACCUGCCUUCACAUCUAAAAUGCUGUUUUUCUUAUUGUUCAAUCUUUCCCAAAAACUACGAAUUCAAAAAGAAGAAGCUUGUUUUGUUAUGGAUGGCAGAAGGUUUGUUGGAACAAUCAAAAGGCAAGAAAAGAAUGGAGGAGGUAGGCAAUUUGUACUUUCAAGAACUUUUAUCAAAGUCAUUUUUUAAAAAUUCAAUUAGCAAUGAGUCAUGUUUUGUAAUGCAUGACCUUGUUAAGGACUUGGCACAAUUGGUAUCCGGAGAAUUUUCUAUUUCUUUGGAGGAUGGUAAGAUGGACAAAGUCUCAGAGAAGACUCAUCAUUUAUCGUAUUUGAUUAGUCCAUAUGAUGUAUAUGAGAGAUUUGACCCACUUUCUCAAAUUAAGUAUCUCCGAACAUUUUUAGCAAGAGGCGAAUAUUGGAACCUUGCAUAUCAAUACUUAAGUACUAGAGUUCUACACCAUCUAUUGCCGGAAAUGAAAUGUUUACGAGUGUUGUGUUUGAAUAAUUAUCGUAUUACUUAUUUGCCUCAUUCGAUUGAGAAGUUGAAACACUUGCGCUACUUGGAUCUCUCUACGACAAUGAUUCAAAAGUUGCCUGAAUCAGUUUGUAAUUUAUACAAUUUACAAACAAUGAUGUUAUCAAAUUGUGUGCUUCUCAUUGAAUUACCUUUAAGGAUGGAAAAAAUGAUUAAUUUGCGUUACCUUGAUAUUAUUGGUACCGGGGUGAAAGAGAUGCCAAGUGAUAUAUGUAAGCUAAAGAAUUUACAAUCCCUUUCUACAUUUAUUGUGGGCCAAAAUGGUGGGUUAAGUUUGGGAGCAUUGAGGGAACUUUCAGGAAGUCUUGUCAUUUCAAAGCUAGAGAACGUAGCAUGUGAUGGGGAUGUAUUAGAAGCUAAUAUGAAGGACAAAAAGUACCUUGAUGAGUUGAAGUUUGAGUGGGAUAAUGAGAACACUGAUGUUGGUGGUGUUGUGCAAAAUAGAAGGGAUAUAGCCAGCAGCUUACAGCCACAUACAAACCUCAAGAGACUCCAUAUUAAUUCUUUUAGUGGUUUAAGCUUUCCAGCUUGGGUAGGAGAUCCUUCAUUCUUCAAUCUGGUUGACCUGGGGCUUCAGAAUUGUAACAAUUGCUCGUCAUUGCCACCACUCGGACAGCUACCCUCUCUUAAACAUCUUUCUAUCUUACAAAUGAAAGGAGUUAAAAUGGUGGGUAGUGAAUUUUAUGGGAAUGCUUCUUCCUCCAACACAGUUAAGCCCACCUUCCCGUCCCUACAAACUCUAAGAUUCGAGAAGAUGUACAACUGGAAGAAAUGGUUAUGUUGUGGAUGCAGACGUGGAGAAUUCCCUCGUCUUGAGAAGCUUUGUAUGAAUGAAUGUCCCAAACUCAUUGGGAAAUUACCAAAACAGCUUCGUUCAUUGAAGAAACUUGAAAUCAUUGAUUGUGAGUUGCUUUUGGGCUCCCUCCGAGCUCCUCAAAUCCGUGAAUGGAAAAUGUCGUAUCAUGGUAAAUUUCGCUUGAAAAGGCCAGCUUGUGGGUUCACUAAUCUCCAGACUUCAGAAAUUGAAAUUUCACACAUCUCUCAAUGGGAGGAACUGCCACCACGAAUACAGAUACUAACAAUCAGAGAAUGUGAUUCGAUAGAGUGGGUAUUGGAGGAGGGAAUGCUACAAAGAAGCACAUGUCUUCUCCAACAUUUGCACAUCACAAGUUGUCGUUUCUCCAGACCCUUGCACAGUGUUGGUUUGCCCACUACAUUGAAGUCACUCCAUAUCUGUAAGUGUACCAAACUGGAGUUUCUCCUGCAUGCGCUAUUGAGAUCUCACCAUCCAUUCCUUAAACGUUUAUCCAUAUCUGAUGUUAGCAGCUGUAAUUCUUUCUCAUUAUCUUUCUCAUUAAGCAUCUUCCCACGGUUGAACAGUCUCAACAUCUCUGAUUUUGAAGGGUUUGAAUUCCUCUCCAUCUCCCUUUCUGAGAGGGAUCCCACGUCUCUUAAUUAUUUAACUAUCGAAGACUGUCCUGAUCUGAUAUAUAUUGAAUUGCCCGCUCUCGAGUCUGCACGCUAUGAGAUCUCCAGAUGUAGGAAGCUGAAGUUGCUGGCGCAUACACGCUCAUCGUUGCGGGAAUUGCGAUUAAUAGAUUGUCCAGAAUUGUUGUUUCAGAGAGAUGGUUUGCCCUCCGACUUACGUGAACUUGAAAUUUCAUCCUGCAACCAACUCACAUCUCAGGUGGAUUGGGGUUUGCAAAGACUGGCCUCUCUUACAAUAUUCACAAUCAAUGAUGGAUGCCGAGACAUAGAAUCAUUUCCCAAUGAGUCCCUACUGCCCUCCACACUUACCUCUCUUUACAUAUCUAAUCUUCCAAAUCUCAAGUCUCUGGACAGCAACGGGCUUCGACAUCUUACCUCUCUAACAACAUUAUACAUCUCCAAGUGCCCUAAGUUCCAAUCCUUCGGAGAAGAGGGGCUUCAACAUCUUACCUCUCUUGAAAAUUUACAGAUGUACUCACUCCCUAUGCUUGAAUCCUUGAGAGAAGUAGGUCUUCAACACCUCACCUCUCUUAAAGCAUUGUCUAUCUCCCGCUACCAUAAUCUCCAAUACUUGACAAACGAGAGACUGCCAAACUCGCUCUCUUUCCUGGAAAUCCAGAGUUGUCCUUUGUUGAGGCAUAGGUGCCAAUUUGAGAAAGGCCAAGAUUGGGAAUAUAUAGCUCACAUUCCACGCAUAGUAAUAGAUCGUGUGCUAUACUAAUGACUAAUGAAGGUGGUGAUUCCACAUACAUUAAGACUUGGGUGUGCCAUACAGUCAGUCAGGUUAACACAAGUCUCCUUAUACACAAACUUGUAAGAUUCCAUUGCCUAUGGUGAGACAGACAAGGUGCCAAGUAGCCCUCCACGUAUCAGAGACUUGUGUUCUUGAUAUAUGACUAUGAUCUUUCCAAUCAAACAAUAUUUCAUGAGUCUCCCCCUGGAAAGGCAGCAGCAAACACACACAUCUGAGACUAUUCCAUUGGAAAUUUGCAAUAUGCCCUGCGUCAAUAUUUCCUGCCCUGUUGUUGGAGAUUUGAGGGUGCAGAAUACUCUGCCCUUUGACUUCAGAUAUGUUCUCUUAUGCUACAAGCCUGAAAACAAAGAAGUGAAGAGGUGUGGAGGAAGACUGACAAUAGGUGCUUGCAUUUUAACAUAGAUGAUUGAAAUAUUUCAAUGGCUCGUUCAAUUUACCUUUAUAAUGGGCAGAGGUGAUUCCUGAAUUUAUCCAUAGAUUUCUGUGAUACAGGCAAACAUGGAGGAAUUUCUGGUAGUUUAUGGUGCUAUGAGGCCGGUGUAUUUUUCGCUUAAAAGGCCAAUUUUGUAAGGACAAUUGCAACAUUUCCAUAUUGUAAGGCAAUGCCUAACAAAAAGGUUGUAUGAGGCUGAAAUGUGUGAUAUCUUAUACCCACCAGAAAGUAACAGUCAGCAUUUUACCAGAGAUGGUGUUUACUGUGCUUCUGCUUGCAUAAAGGGAGAGAUCAGCAGUUAGCCACAUUUGAAAGGCAAGGAUACAGGAAUAUAGCAUCUUUGUUAUGAUUUUACUGCAUUUAUUUCUUUCCUAAUUUUGAUUUCAUUUUGUUCUUGUUUUGGUUUUUCUUAUGUCUUCUGUAUACGUUGUGUUGCUGUUGGGAUGAUCACUUAGAUCACUGUCAUGUACCCUACUCAAAAACAGGAUCCUUUUCUUAGAAUUGACAAUGUUCCUGUUCUUCUCAUUGGAGGAAGUCUUGGCUCUCAUUGAAGUUCUUAGUUAGAGUACCUAAUAUGCAAGAUAUGAUCAAAUAUUACUUGAAUUCGAAUUUCCAGAACUCUGUUAGUGAUGAAUUACAGGGAUCACACCAGCUUUUUCCUUGUUUCCUUGUCCCGCAAUAACUAUGUACUUUUGCUUAUGGGUCAUGAAGGAUUAAGCAAUUAAAGACAAUAGGAGUCAUCAUCAUCACAAGUCACGGCAUAUAAUAAAUAAGAAAUAGAAAAUUAAAGGUGAAAAAUGAAAUCCAUUCACUUAUACCCCAAAUGAUACCGAAACAUGCCCCUGACUAGUUAUUCACAGACAAAAUAAACAUGUCUUCUGUUUCAGAUAUAUCAGCCAGCCCUUUGAUCAUCCCUCAUGAGUCACCUUCAUUAACUGGUGCUGAGAGCUUCUGCAAAGGCGCCUGAAGAUGCUGCUGUUUUAGUGCUAGGAACAUGAUUUGUAUUAAACAAGAAGAUGGCGGGUAUGCUACUACCAAAGCUAAGAAACCCAAAAUCCUUUUGGUUUUAAAAUAAUGUCUUCCUUUCAAUUAACCAUUUGUUGAUGGAUACAUACAUUUUAUGUGCAUCUGUCCAUGUCUUCGUGAUUAUUUUCUUUCAGGUGGUUAUGACCUUUCCAAUUCCAAUCACGCUUUAACUCCAUCUUCUUGAGUCAGGCACCCCCUCCAGUGGAAAACAGAUGUCUGACUCAGUAGUCCUUUUCUCUUUAUUGUUUGGUGUCAUUGUUUCAUGCAAAGCUGUGUUUUGCAAAUAAUGAUGAACUAUUAGAUUGAUGGAUAUCCUUUUGGUUGAGAUGGUUCAGAGCUUCAUGAUACAAAAAACUGUUGGGAAACUAGCAUCUUAUAAUAGUCUUGAUGUGUGUACGUGCUAGAUCUUUAAAGUGGACGAACAAGGGGAUUUUCUGGUUGGUGGGAUUCAACUUACAACUUAGGGGAUUUGUUGCUCUGGAAGGGGGACAUAGAAGAAGUCAAAGCACCUCUAAAUAUAUGUGUUGAUCUAGCCAAUUUCAGGUCAGUUGUGAUUGAAAUCUAACUGAUCCUUUAAGGACAUAUCUACUUGCCCUGAACUCCGAUCCUUGACAGAAGUUGAUGUUCAACAUCUUGUUCUUUAAUAUUAAGAUUGGUCUCAAAUGUCCUUUAUACACAAAUUAACUUUAAAGUUGUUGCCUAUGGUCAUAAGACAUGGUGCCAGGCAGCACUCCAGGUAUAAUAAGUGACUUGUCCUCUUGUUAUAUACUCAUGAGCCUCAAAUUCUCUUCC